UUACUAUGUUUAAUUAUUUACAGUUUACCGAUAAUAAAAGUUAUCGGUUCAAUGAGCUUUUUUUGUUUCAGUCUAUGAAUAAUGAUGCCUUGUGAGUUUCAGUUUAGCUUCUUCCCUACUUUCUCUCACACCCUUUAAUGGAAUCUCUCUAAUUCCUUAGAUCUCCUUCAAAGAUCCAUUUUUCAGGAUAAUUUCCUAAAAACAAAAUUGGUACUGUAGAAUUAAUAACCUUCUUGAAGUCCUGCCUCUUUUUCUAUGCUAUGCUGGACAUGGUUGAGUUUUCUCAUAAGAAAUUCAUGAUGCCAAAUUGAAGAAAAUAAAAAGGGAGUAAAGAUUGGAUUUUUACCAGUUUCCAGAGCUUGCAGAAUGGAUACAGGCCAAGGCAAUUCAUGGAUUCCAGCAACUCCGGGGAACCCAAGUUUUGCGAAAUCGGCAACAAUUUGCAGUAACAGGCAGGAAAACCAGCAAGCUAAUGUUGAUUGGUCAGAUUUGCAAAGAAAGCAAGAAGCUCAAAAUGCUGCAACAUACCAUGGUUCAACAAGUUCAGUAACAGUAGAUCAGUGCUUCACCACCAUGGAAGCAGCAGUAGGAAUGAAGUCUAAUAUGUAUGGUGGUAUAAAGAUGGACAAUAACUUAUCUAGUGAUAAUGUAGACAUGUGGGGCAAUAUGUCUUUUGGAGAUUUAUUGGCAAUGGCUCAUGCUGGUGGCACCACGCUAGCAGAUGAAACAACUUAUAGCGUGAAGAGUUCUUUCAAACCGCUAAUAAAUCCUCAGAAUGCAGAUGAAAGCUCUAUUUUUUCCAGCUUCCCUUUCAACUUGAAUUCACCACCAGUAAUGACGGAUGCAGCCUUGAGCAGCAACAUCCCGUCCCAGUUCGAACCAGUAACACCAGAUGUGAUGAAGAGUAAAGGGCAAGAAUCUAAUGCAUCAGAUGACAUUAAUGAUACAACACUAGCAAGAGGUAUACAGUCAAAUGAGGAUACAAUAAAGAGAGCUGAAGCAAAUGAACUCCAACAGAAUAAAGAGCAGUCAGAGCUGAUCUUGGAUCAAUCAGAAUUACAGGAGUAUCAAAAGCCGGACAAGACAGGCAAACAGGAUACUGAACUGAUGAACAAUACACCAGAGCAAAAACCAAGAAGAAGAAAGCACAGGCCCAAAGUGAUUAAAGAAGGCAAGCCUAAAAGGACUCCUAAACCAAGAACCGAAAAGCAGCCUGGUUCAGAGGAGACAAAAACAGAAAAGAGGAAGUAUGUCCGAAAAAACAAGGUUGGCAGACCUACAGCCACUUCUGCAGAAGAGGUUAACAAUACAAUUUGUCACGAGGAAAAGCCUCCUAGUUCCGAAAAAAACCCACCUGCAAAAAGGAAGUAUGUCAGAAGAAAUCAAGUUAACAAGAGCGCGGAAAAACCAUCUGAAGAGGGAAGCAGUGUAACAAUUGGCAGACCUGCAGCCACUUCCACAGAAGAGGUAAACAAUACAAUUUGUCACGACGGAAAGCCUCAUAGUUCCAAAGAAACCCCAAAAGCAAAAAGGAAGUAUGUCAGAAGAAAUCAAGUUAACAAGAGCACAGAAAAACCCGCUGAAGAGGGAAGCAGUGCAACAAUUGACCCGACAGAAGUUUCUCUUCCUAAAAAAUCCUGCAGGAAAUCGUUGAAUUUUGAAGUCCAAAGCCAAGCAAGUGAAGAGAACUCAUCAUACAGGACCUCAACUUUGGAUUUGCAUGCGAAUAAUUCCGGGUCAAAUGAACAAUCUGCAGAGUCUGCACGGCUUGGACAAGGAAAAGAUGCCACAAGUCAAGAGACAGAAGUGGGCAUAACUUAUGACAUCACCUGCUCCCUGAACCAGAAUGUGAGAAAUUACAUAUCACAGCCUAGAUUGCAAUACCCUGUUCCUCCAACUCCAGACAAGGUUGGCUUGAAUCAUGACAAAGUCAUGUUUGUUAAUCAAAAUGAAAGCACAAGAGGAAAUAGUAGAAUCAUUUGUUCAGAUUUAACUCAUGAUAAACAGGCAAGCAUUCUACAAAUGACACCUCAGAGCCCGAGUUGUUCCAACUACAGCAGCACUGCAUCCUUGCCACAUGGGAAAGGCUUGAAAAGACAGCACACGUGUAUAACUGAUGAAGCACAAUGCUACAGAAUAAAUGCCAGAGGAGCGUAUUUCAAUUCUAUGCAAGCCUAUCAAGCAAUCCUUCCAGCAAAUGAACUUGGCAUUUAUAAUAAUGUAGGGAUGCAUUUUCCCUCUAUUUACCCGCAAAUGAGAGCAGGAAAGGGUCACAGCUCAACAUCUUACAUUAAGGCUUUUACUGGUGAAACUACCUACAUGCCUUCAUCUCAGUGCAAUAUCAGUGGUUCCCCUAGCAACAAUUCUGCAACCAAUAUACCCAAUAACAGAAUGUGGAAUUCCAAUGUUAUGCCAGCAGUUGUGGGAGCAGAGAGGUUAAUGCAGUGGAGAUCAAACGGUGCAACUCAAGUACAUGACUUAGCAUCUCUGCAUGAAAUUUACAGACAAUUUCCAACUUCUACAUCCAACGAAGCAACAAAACAUGGAUUUGGAGAAAUAUAUAAAAAUUCACAUCCAUCCAAUGCAUGCAUGGGAGCUCCAAUUGUGGAAACCGGAGAAGUAACGAAGAAAAAAAAGAAGUCAAAGACAAGCAUCCUUGUCAACUCGGCAGCUUCCAAUAUGUAUACUCAUCAAAAGUUCACAAAAAAAGCAAGGGGUUCUCUGCCAGCUUUAACAUGGAGAGGCAUGUCUCCAAUCGAGGAAAUUGCAGAACGCUUGCGGCAUCUUGAUUUAAAUAGAGAAAGCAGCCAGAAUCAAGGUCAAUAUGGAAUCAUCACCUACAACACCAAGUUUCAAGGGGAGAAUGCCCUUGUUCUUUAUCAAAGAGAUGGAAGUAUUGUCCCUUUUGGAGGUUCGUUGGUUAGAAAACGAAAACCGCGGCCAAAAGUUGAUGUUGAUGAAGAGACUGAUAGGGUAUGGAAACUUUUGCUGCAAGAUAUCAACAGUGAAGGCAUUGAUGGAACAGAUGAAGACAAGGCAAAAUGGUGGGAGGAAGAACGUAGAGUGUUUAAUAGUAGAGCAGACUCAUUUAUUGCACGAAUGCGUCUUGUCCAAGGAGACAGGCGCUUCUCACCUUGGAAGGGAUCUGUUGUGGACUCCGUGGUUGGGGUAUUUCUUACACAGAAUGUUUCAGAUCACCUUUCUAGCUCUGCAUUCAUGUCACUCGCUGCUCACUUUCCUCUGAAGACAGACAGUACUCAGAAGCAUGAAGGAAACACAGGUAUUAUUAUUGAAGAACCCGAAGAGUGUCCAACAGAUCCCAAUGUUUCAAUCAGAUGGUAUGAAGAUCAACCAAAUCAGUCAACCCAUUGUCAGGAUUCUUCAGGAGUCUAUAAUACAGAUUCAAAUGAAGAAAAAGCAGCCGUCGAUGGUUCUGAAUCAAGUGAAAAUAGCACACAAUGCAUAAAGUCGGCAGACUGUUCUGUAAUUCUGCAAUCAGAUUCUUCUGGAGAAGGCUCAGAUCUGUAUCAGGAAUCAACAGUUAUGGGUUUCGGAGAUCGAAAAGAAUUGAAUGAUUUGCCUUCUUCUCCGAGUUCUGUAGUUUCUUCUGAGAACUCUGCAGUUAUUCAAGCUUCAGAAAGAGCUGACUCAAGCAACUUUUGCAGCUCCACUUCUUUUUUGAAGCUAUUACAGAUGGCAGGGACUUCAGGAGCACAAGGAACCGGGUGCACUGAACAUUUUCAAGAAGGUGAAAACUUUCCAUUCCUUGGCAAGGAACUUAGUGCCCCGAAACAAAGUGGAUUGUCGGUAGAAUUGGCACAUCCAGCACUGUACGCAACGAACCCUCAAAAUAAGUUGGACAUAGAGAGAGUUAAUGAUGCAGAAGUCAAUGUUGAACUACAAUUUCAAACUGAAGAUACCAAUUGCAAUGUCCAGCAAGUUCCAGAAGCGCCAUCCUCUUCAGAAACCAUUGUAGAUGUCACAGAAAGGGCCAGCAUAGUUUUUGAUUCAUGUAAGUCAGAGCAAAGAGUUGUGGAGUCGAACUUGAAAAAUGACAAUAAUCAUGUUUGUAGCAAAAUAGACAGUGUAAAUGACAAUCCUUCUAAAGGGAAAAAUGGACGACUUGGGAAGGAGAAAGAGAAAAUCGAUUGGGACAGCUUACGGUUACAGGCCCAGGCCAACGGCAAGAAAAGAGAAAGGACAACAAACACAAUGGAUUCACUGGACUAUGAAGCAGUGAGGCGUGCAAGUGUCAAUGAGUUAGCCCACACAAUUAGAGAACGAGGAAUGAACAACAAGCUGGCAGAGAGAAUCAAGGCUUUUCUUGACCGGAUUGUUAGUGAACAUGGAAGCAUUGAUCUUGAAUGGCUGAGAGAUGUUCCACCAGACAAAGCCAAAGAGUAUCUAUUGAGCAUAAGGGGCUUGGGUCUGAAGAGUGUGGAGUGUGUGAGACUUUUAACACUUCACCACCUUGCUUUCCCUGUUGACGUGAAUGUAGGACGUAUAGCUGUUAGACUAGGGUGGGUACCCCUGCAGCCGUUGCCCGAGUCACUACAGUUGCAUCUUCUGGAACUGUACCCAAUACUGGAGUCGAUUCAACAGUACCUAUGGCCACGUCUCUGCAAGCUUGAUCAAAGAACAUUAUAUGAGCUACAUUACCAUAUGAUCACCUUUGGAAAGGUCUUCUGUACAAAAAGCAAACCCAAUUGCAAUGCAUGUCCACUGAGAGGAGAAUGCAGACACUUUGCGAGUGCAUUUGCAAGUGCAAGGCUUGCCCUUCCCGCGCCGGAAGACAAAAGCAUUGUGUGUGCAACAGAAAACAAAGCCGCUAACAACAAUCCAAGGGAAAACUUCACUCACCUGCCUCUGUCAUUACCUCCUGGGAAUCAACAACCAGUGGAGCAUCAGAAAUUGAUCAACUCAGCUCCUAUUAUUGAAGUGCCAGCAUCACCAGAGCCCAUUGUUGAAGUUCCUGCCACACCUGAGCAAGAACAAAUACAAGCACCAGAAACUGACAUAGAGGACUUUGAAGAUCCUAGUGAGAUUCCUAUAAUUGAAUUGAAUAUGGCAGAGUUCACUCAAAAUGUAAAGAAGUAUGUGGAAAAAAAUAUGCAGCUUCAACAGGUAGAAAUGUCGAAUGCCUUAGUAGCCUUAACUUCAGAAGCUGCAUCAAUUCCCACUACUAAACUUAAGAAUGUUAGCCGGCUCAGAACAGAACACCAAGUCUAUGAACUUCCAGAUUCUCAUCCUCUUUUGGAAGGGUUGGACAAAAGAGAACCAGAUGAUCCUUCUUCCUAUCUUCUUGCUAUUUGGACACCGGGUGAAACAGCAGAUUCUAUGCAACCUCCAGAAACUCAGUGCAACUCUCAAGAAUCUGGAAUUCUAUGUCAAAAUGAGACGUGUUCCUCAUGCAACGGCAUACGUGAAGCACAUUCUCAAACAGUAAGAGGAACUCUUCUGAUACCAUGUCGAACAGCUAUGAGAGGAAGCUUUCCGCUCAAUGGUACAUACUUUCAGGUCAAUGAGGUGUUCGCAGACCAUGACUCCAGCCUUAACCCAAUCAAUGUCCCAAGGGAUUGUCUGUGGAAUCUCCCACGGAGGACUGUCUACUUUGGAACCUCAGUAGCCACGAUAUUCAAAGGCCUAACCACAGAAAGCAUCCAACACUGCUUCUGGAGAGGGUUUGUUUGUGUGCGGGGAUUUGAUCAGAAGUCACGAGCACCUCGACCGCUGCUGGCAAGAUUUCACUUUCCAGCCAGCAAGUUAUUAAAUAAGGGUAAAGGAAAAACAAAUGAUGACAAAGGAGUAGCCACCUGAAUAUAGCUACCCAGGUACUCAGGCCAAAGCCAAACAAGCUAACAACAUUCAAUAUGAUGCACUUCUAAACCAGAUGGUGAAAAGAAGAUAGGUAUCUGGUUAACUUGUAAAUGAGAUGAUAAUUUUUUUUUUUUUUUGUAGCUAAAAGUUAUGGAGUUUCUUUAGUUAGCAAGUUUAUUGAUCUAUUCAAUCAGUUUGUUCCCAUUUAGUUCAA